AUGAAUGCCUUCUACGCAAUUGCAACUGGCGUGGCCGAUGGCGCCCAGCCCACCCUAGAUGGUGGUCUGUUCUCCUUCAUUCUCGAGAACUAUGUGCGCUUCUCGGCUUCUCAACAAAACAGUUCAGAAUUGGAUAAGCGGUCCUACUCUGCUCAUUUCGUUUCAACCAUUGGCUCUGGGGGAUUCUUUGCUGGCAUAUUCUUUUGUGUGGUCUGGUGCAUUGGCCUCCUCACCGGUUUCGGCAUCAUGUGGUGGUUUCAAUACAGGAAAACGUCCGGCAGAGCCCCCUUUUCCCUUGUGCACAAAUACCAAACUGCUGCUCAUGAAGCCCAGAAGUGCGCAAACCCUGCUUUCAUGAAGAGGCCAGGUAUAGAUAUACCCCACCAGAAGUCCGGUUCAAACAAUGCCAAUGGACUCCGUCCUACAUCAGCAACAAAGUCUGUUUUCUUCUUGACUCGACGACGGCUCCACUCCCAUUGGAUGUGUCUUGCAGCGCAGUUCAUGGGAAUUUUCAUACUGGUCUUUCUCAUAUUGAUUACGGCUAUUCUCGGUGUCAUUACAAGUUCGUCUCUACACAGCAACCUUGUGACUGAGGCCAACAUAAGUUCACCAAUUCUUCCAGAUAACGGAGGGUUUAGGCAGCAGAAAGUGUUCCCCGCCACAGCAACUGCCCUAGCCAAUAUUCGAGCCUAUUUGAAAGACUUCAUCAACAGUACCCGGUCGGCAACGCUGCCCACUGUCUACCAACUCAUGGAGGACACGGAAGAUAUGCAAAACAAGACAGCCACCAAGUUUAACAAUCUCCUCUUCGAUCAGCUUGGGGUGCAGAAGGCGUUUGAGCUGGGCGAAAAGUUGGGAGACCACACUGUUCGUCUGAUGCAGCUGGCUUUGCCGCUGAAGAAGCACGUCCACGAGUACGUAGAUGCUGUUUCUGAUCUCAGCUUGACGAUCGCUCGUUGGACCGGCUAUAUGGAGCAACUAACUACUGAGCAAAAUCCCCAAGCCUGCCUAAUUAAGCAAAACUGUAGUUCUACAGAAUGGCAUCUCUCUGAACUGUCAGUUCGUUCAGACUGGAGGCUAAAUCAGUUUGAUUUUGCUAUUGCCUUAGAUUUCGUUGCUGGUGUGCAGAACAAGACACCCGAAUCGAUUGCAGCCGAGCUUACACGCAGCCGAAGUCUGGCCGAUCAGAACCUGGUCAAGACCAUGGAACGUAUGAGUAUCGAAUUGAACAUUCCUGAUACCAUUCGCAAUCUGACCGAGUCCCAGUGGGAGAAUCUGGCUGUGCACAUCGAUGGGGCAUUAGAAAUUCUUGACAAAACCGCAGACGAUGUUGUUGUGCAGGCUUUUGAGACCUCUGUGUUUGCUUCUAAUCGUCUGCUGGCUGUAGGAUGUGCACUCUGGUUGAGUACUACCUUGGUCGCCAUUGGGAUUAUCUGGCUACUCUGUCAGUUUCACUGUGUCGCAGUGGAUAUCUCUGCACGCGGACGUCGGAAGAUCCGAUGCGCAGUUUCCGUUGCCUUCCUCUUUCUGGUACUUGCUGUUUUGUUUUCCUGUGCCUUUUUCCUUGCCGGUGGUUAUGCGCAUACCGAGAUUUGCCGGUAUAUAAAGCCGAACCAUGCUGCUACUGUCGUGACUGCCGAACCGAUCCUGCAGGACGGUGCGCUUCAUCCUCUAUCGAGCCGUGUCCACUUCGCACUCGAUGUACACUUGAAUUCCUUCCUUGACAAAAAUUGGCAACAAAUAGUCGACAUGGCAGCGGAGAUUCAGGCGAAAACGGGAGGUGAAGUUCUCCCCGUUCCACGUAUUCGCAGUCCAAUAAAGGCAUUGAGUGUCGGGUGUCGUGAUAAUCUCGGAGUACUCGAUGCCUUUGAUGCCAUCGAUACCUUCGACUUCAGUGUGUUGAAUAAGCCGGAGCUGACAGCUCGUUUCAUUGAGGUCGGAAAGAGUGUGAUGCGCCAAUCCAUCAAUGAUCUAAACGCGACAGAGAUGUUCCCGUCCUCUCUGAUGGAGUCCCUUCAGAUGGCAGCCCGGCUAGACGAUUUCUUAAUACCUUUUGAGGACGUGCGAGCCUCUUUGCCGAGGGACUUCCUUAACAUAACAAAGACCGAGGACGGUAACUUGACGACUGCCCUUUUAUCAGGAGAGCAAGUGGCGGCUAUAUGGGAUGACCGACUUAUCCGUCUGAACCGAUCCGGCUACGCAGCAGACGUCCUUUCUCGCGCUGAUGAACUUGCUCAUAGAGUUUUUAACCAGUCUUCUAAGGUUACCACCCUGCUGAACUCGAUUGAUAAAUCAUUGCAGGAACUGAGCAAAUUAAAACGUAUUGGUCCGACUGUCUCCGCUCUCCAAAAGAAGGUUGAUAAUUUGGUUUCACAAAUGAACGAUAAGCCCGGCCUUAUCGCCAUGGCCAUGGACUUAUUUGACGAACACAUUGCCAGGAAUUUACCGGCACAGGCUGAUUUUCUGAUUCGACGAAGGGGUCCCUCGCUGAUACGAGAUAUUGGCAGAUGUCGUCGACUACAUGAUGCCUAUGUCGCUGUGACGUCUGCUGCUUGUGAUGGUGUCGUUGGGCCUCUGAACGGUAUUUGGCUUUUCUCUGGUCUCUGUGUUUUCAUGAUAACGAUUGCGCUGCUGCUGGGUCUCUCCCUCUUACUCCACAAACUACCGGUCCUCCCUGAAUUGGAAUCUGAGAAACACCAACCAUCACCGACAGACGGCAAGCAGUCAGCCGUUGAUUCUGAUGUGGCAGCUGGUUGUGUGCGCGUGUUUCCCUCGCCAGCCCCCUUGAAUGCACCAAACGGCGACUGUAUAGUGACACAAGUCUCUGAUAUCGCCCAUUCACCUGAAUUGGAGCCUGUGCAUAGAUCCCUCUUGAAAGCUGUUGUCACUUCGUAG